AUGGUUGUACGUUGGUAUAUGCUGCGUCGAUUGCUUUUGACAUUAUGGAUUGUAAUGUUUUUAAUCGGUAUUACUGUAUACUCACUGAGUAAGUACAACGAUGCGUUGAAUCACAACAUCCGGUUAAAUUUCGAAAGUCGAUUACACAGGUUGCAAAACGACUUGAAAAAGACCCAAAUGUUGCUGGAGGAUCGAGAUCGGGAGUGUUAUCUAUGUAAUAAUUUUCCAAAGUUGCUGGCUAAUGAUUCAAAGGAAUUGGUACUGUCGCUACCAACAUUUCUCGACUUCUUGCCUCAUCUCUAUACUCUUCCAAACAGCGCGUUGUAUCCAGCGUUAAUUUAUCCGAGUAAUUUUUCAAGGAUGACAAAAACGGAUCUUGUUAUUGGCAUACCAACAGUUGCUCGGCUCAAUCAGUCUUACUUGAUACCUACGCUUCAGUCGUUGAUCGGAGGAAUAACAAGCAGUGAAAUUGAGAUGGUUACCAUUGUUGUUCUUAUUUCUGAUGGCAAAGGUGCCAGUUCUUCAUUCGUGAGGCAUCAGUGCACUUCAUUGCAAUCAGAAUUUCCUUCCGAACUAAACUCCGGUUUACUAACAGUUAUUGUUCCUCCUAAUGAGUGGUAUUCAGAUUUAUAUUCUGUCACUCCUACUUUUAACGACUCUGCAGAGCGAAUGUACUGGCGUACGAAACAGAAUCUAGAUUAUAUGUAUCUGAUGUUAUACUCUCAGCAGCGAGGUAAAUAUUAUUUACAAUUAGAGGAUGAUGUGCUCGCAAAAGCUGGAUUUGUCAGUCGCAUCAAAGAGUUUAUUGAUAGAAGAAUAACCGAUGAUUGGCUCAUGCUCGAGUUUUCAUCUUUAGGCUUCAUUGGGAAACUUUUUCGAGCCUCCGAUCUUACAUUAUUACUACAGUUUAUCGCAAUGUUCCAUCGAGAGAAACCAGUGGACUGGUUGUUAGAUCUGUUGUUUAUAAAUCGAUAUUGCCAUCCGGAGAAGUCGGUUAAGCAUUGUGCCGAGAAUGACAUAUUUACUAGAAUCCAGUACUGCUAUGAACUUGAGUUUCUACAUUUCAAAUAUGUUGACAUAGCUGAUUCGGUUUGUUUGUCUUUUACUUCAGUGUUACGAGAACAUUGCGAAAGUAAGAUUGCGAAGCAGCACAGAAUUCGUCAUCGACCCUCUCUUUUCCAGCAUAUAGGUGUUCAUUCUUCGCUGGCAGGCAAAGUGCAGAAAUUACGGGAAAGAGAUUUUGGUAAGGCAGAACUUUAUAUACCACAUCGCGAUAAUCCUCCUGCUAAGAUUACCACAACACUUAAAACUUACAUGCUUUUUGAUAUUGAAAAUGCUUAUACCGGCAGCAAUUAUUAUUGGGCUUUUGCUCCAGUCGCUCAAGACUAUAUAUUAUUCGAAUUUUAUUCUGCUAUUACUUUAAUCGGUAUUGUUGUUCGUACUGGUAAUCCCGAACAUCAACAUGACAUAUUGAAUGAAAGUGCAGAAGUGCUGCUGAAGAAAGUGAAUGAGGACAACUUCACCUCCAUAGCACGCUUUAGUGAACGCGGUACUAUACGGGUCGAUUUCACUGAGGGCGUAAGAGUGACUUCAUUGAAAAUCGAAAUUCAUGAAGGAAGCUCAAACUGGCUCAUUAUCAACGAGAUGCAUAUUAUAGUAGAAUAA